AUGGCAGAAGCUGUAGCAGCAGUACCAGUAGCAGCAGCAUCAGUAGUAGUAGCAGCAGUAGCAGUUUUGUUACGUUUUUGCUGUAUACUAGCUGUCUGGUUAUUUCAAGUUAUAUUUCCGGAAAAUUCUUUGGUAUUCGGAGAUGGAAAUGAAAUCGCGGAAUGUAAAAUUAACUGUGCGUGUUGUAAGAAUCAAGAUUGUGGUCCAAAAGGUUACUUUUCCGAAGGUAAUUGUUAUCAGGGCUGCCUUGAUGGGUACCACGGUGCACGGUGCUAUCAGAAAUGCACUUAUAACUGCACAAAAUGUGAUCAAGUUGUACACGAAUGUACGUCCUGCUACGAGGGAUAUUACCCUGGUUCAAAAAGAGACUGCACAGAAAAAUGCCCCAUUGGUUGUAAAUCAUGUAACUCUAGUAAAAUUUGCACUGAAUGCAAGGAAGACCUUUACAAUGCAAAUGGAUCAACAGAUUGUCCAUUUAGUCGUUGUCCGUUACACUGUGAGUGUGAGGAGGGUAUGUGUAUAUCAUGUAAAGCUGGUUACUAUGAUGCAAGUUCAGAAUGCACCAAGACAUGUCCGUCUAAUUGUGUCUCGUGUUCAUCAAGAGAUACCUGUGAAGUGUGUAAAGCCGGGCAUUACAAUGGCCACGAAUCUGACAAUGACAAUAAUGUACUUUUGAAUAACUGUACACACGAAUGCAGAACAAAUUGCUCCAGCUGUUCAUCUUUUGAGGAAUGCCUGCAAUGUGAGUCUGGUAAAUAUGGCAUAAUUUGCGAAAACGAAUGCUCAGUCGGGUGUAAAAACAGGGUUUGCCUGAAGAAAAAUGGCAAAUGUGAAGCUUGCUUGAAAGGAAAAUAUGGAGAAACAUGUAGCCUUCCAUGUCCCUACAAUUGUCAUAAUAAUACAUGUUACAAAGAAACCGGAUAUUGUUUUGCAUGCAACGGAAACUAUGACGGAAACGAAUGUAACAACUGUAAAGCGGGGUUUUAUGGGCCGUCAUGUAACGAAACUUGCUCUAGUCAAUGUUUGAAUUCUACUUGUGAUAAAGCUACAGGACAGUGUCAUUUUGGUUGCAAAAGUAAUUAUUCUGGAGAUAAAUGCUGUGUAAAGAGUGCUAAUUGUCUUAAUUGUUCGUCAAAUACUGAAUGCAGUAGUUGUAAACCGGGAUAUUUUAGCGAGGGAUGUAAUAAAACAUGUUCUCCAAAUUGUGCAGAUUCCUGUGGCAUAAGUGAAGGCUUUUGUGCAUCGUGUAAAGGUGACUUUCAUGGUCUGUUUUGCAAUUUAUCUUGUCCAAUAUCUUGCAAAGCACCACAAAACGAACACAUCAGUAGAUGUGAACAACAAAGAGGAAACUGUCCCUAUGGAUGUGAGGAUGGUGUUUUUGGUCUAAAAUGUAAUGAGACGUGCUACAGCGGUUGUAUUGAAAAUAUAUGCAUGCAAGAUACAGGAACAUGCACAAAGGGAUGUGAUAAACUGGCUGAAGAUCCUGAGUGUCAUUUAAGUUCAGGACAAAGGUCCAUUGAACCUCCUCAAUCGAACGUUACAGGACCCGUUGUAGGAGGGGUUGUCGGUCUUAUAAUGUUAACAGCCGGAGUCGUUGUUGCGAUUUUCUUCUACAAACGACGAUGCAUAGGCAAAGAAGAAGACAGUCCAGGAAAUGCUAAAAAACCGGAAUCUAAGAACAAAGAAGAUCAUGUAUAUGGAAACAUCCCCGACAAUGCACUCUCAGGGAAAGAAACACAGAACAAACAUUCGGUGAACAAGUCAUCACCUGUAAUAGAUAUUGAUGACGUUGAAAUAAACGAAAAAUCUGAUGGUUUAGCAACCAAACCUGACGGGACGUAUUACAACACUGAACAUAAUAACCACAGAGUGAAUGUUGACAAUCUACUUGCGUAUGUUACCAAGGAACACGUUGAUUCAUUUGAAAAUGAAUUCAUGAAGCUAAAUAAAGGGUUAGACUUGACAGAAAAUUGCACCGUUGCCAAAAAGCCCGAAAAUAUUGCGUUGAACAGGUACAAUGGAAUAUACCCCUAUGAUCAUUCUAGAGUGACUUCGCCUGGUCAGCCUGACUAUUUCAUCAAUGCAUGUUACAUCGAUGGUUACAACAGAAGGAAAGCUUAUAUCGCCUCUUUAGGACCUACUGCAAAGACUACCGAUACUUUCUCUACAUUUUGGAGUAUGGUUUGGAAUGAGAAAUCUGACAUCAUUGUUAUGUUGACAAAUCUCCGUGAAACUUCGGGCAUGAAGUGUGAACGAUACUGGCCAAAAGUGGAGACAGAAACGUUGUAUGGUCAAAUUAAUGUAAAAUGUCGAAGUGUAGAGGAAUAUGCUGAGUACACAGUCAGAACGUUCACCAUUUCAAAGGGUCAAGAACAGAGAAACCUACUGCAGUUACAUUACACGGCAUGGCCUGAUAAAGGCGUGCCCUUGGAGGUAACGAGCCUUGUAGAAUUCCGACAAAGGGUAAAGGCAGUUCCAGUGACGUUUGAUGGUCCUAUUAUAGUCCAUUGCAGUGCUGGAGUAGGUAGAACUGGCACCUACAUUGCUCUAGACCAGCUUACAGAGGAAGGCAAGUGUGAAGGAUCUGUUGAUGUGUUUAACUGUGUAAACAGAAUGAGGGAGCAAAGGGUCAACAUGGUCCAGACUGCUGAGCAGUACACAUUUCUUCACAAAUCGCUUGCACACUCGCUUUCAUUCGGUUGCGAGGCACUGACAGCUGAGCAGGUACAAGGAAUUAUGUACCAAACAGAUGACAGGAUGUUCACAAAGCUGUACCAGACAUUACGGCAAGAAGUUGAUAUCGAGAGCAAAGAAGAGGUAGACGCACGUAAGGAGAACAGACGAAGAUAUAAGGACAAGAACAGGCGACAGUCUGAUAUACCUGGAGGCAGUAGUCAAGUGCGAUUGUACCUCUCUAGGAAAUACGGACAACAUGACUACAUCAACGCCGUUUUCAUAAAUAGUUUUAGGAUCAAGAACCUGUUCAUUGCUGCUCAGUCUCCGCUUCCAGGAACUGUUGAAGACUUCCUCAGCAUGAUAUAUCAACAAAACAGUACAUGUGUGGUAGCGUUGGAGGAGCAACACAAUCAACACUAUGAUGUUGGAAAAUAUCUUCCUGCUGAUAAUGAGACUUACACAUUUGGUAAUUGUACUGUAAUGAGCUCAAAAUGUGAGACAAAACCACAGUAUGUUUUGAAGAAAUUAUCCAUUCGCAAUGAGAAGGGUGACGAGAAAACAGUUUCUCAUUUCCAGUACAAAAGCUGGGGAAAUUCUAAGAAAGUUCCAGAUAGCGCGGAAACAUUUGUACAGUUUAUAAAAGAAGUAGAAGGUUGCAUCCGCCGACGAACGGAGGAUACACCUCACAUAGUAGUUCACUGCUUAAACGGCUACGAAAGGUCUGGAUUAUUUUGUGUCGUGUACAAAAUGCUAGAGAAACUGGAGGCAGAGCGACAAGUCAGUGUUGUGAACACUGUGAGGAAAAUCAGAACACAUCGGAAGCAGUCUAUAAAUUCUGUGGAACAACUCAAGUUUUGUUACCAGUGCAUUUCUGCCUAUAUGGAAAUAUACAACACCUACUCAAACUUCGCUACUUGAGAAAUUGUGUACAGCUCUUAUUCAAAAUAGUUCUGAUUGUUUAAGGCAGGAAACAGCGAACAGUAGACUGAUAGAGACAUAAAGACAAUUUACCAAUAAUUGUACAUUAAGAAUGAAUCUUAAAUACUUACAAUUACAUUUUGAUGUACAUAACUAUUUGCUUAUUUUUGUUUUAACUCCCAUAUUUAUUUCUUGUAUUUUUGAAGUGUUUUAUGUAUAUUAAAAGAAACUUUUAACGCCCUUUGAUAUAUGUUUGACGUUUUCUUUCAGAAUUCUAUGCAUUUUUUUCUUACACAUUUAGACAAAUAUGUUGUUAAUGACAUAGCAAAAUUUUAACAGAAUCAGAUCGUGCACAGAUAUCACUUCAUCUAUUUUGCAAGAUCUGUCAAUUUCAAAUUAGUCACUACAUCACACAUAAACGUAGUGUAAAUUUUAACUUAUAUAUGGUCUUAUAUCACCAAUAGAUUAAUUCUCAAGAUACAAGACAUUCAAAGACUUUUUUGUUUGUUUUUGUCAGCAUUUACCUACCGUAUAACCAGAUUCUGCUCGUUUGUUAUGUGUAUUUCUUUUAAAGUUAGUUUAGCCGUAGAAUACAUAAAAUGAUAUUAUAACAUAUUAAGAUUUUGUUGAAAUUUUGAUAUAUGAUUUUUCUAUAUAUGUAGGAAAUUUCAAAGGCGUAAUUUUAUUAAUAUGGAAGAUACUGACAGAUAUAACAAGGGGCGUUAACAGUUUUAUAAAGUGUAUAUUAAAUUAAAUAAAAGUGUGCUAUGGAUGUUUUUCAACCAAGUGUAUAUAAAGCAAAAUAUAUCAUUAUAUAAUACAAAAGUCUGAAAGUUAUUAAUAUGAGUGAAAGAGUAAUGAGAGUUAUUCAUCAUUUUGUUUGUCAAGUAAUUGAUAUUGUUUCUUUAAAGGGAAAGGAAUGCCAGACAAUAAGUUACUUCCACAUGAAAGCCAUCCUCAAGCCUUUCAUAACGCUGAAAGAAGUUUUAAAUUUUAAAAUCGGACAACUAUUGAAAAAGAUAUGGAAGUUUGAAACUUAAAAAAUGGCUACAGGAGGCAGCCAUUGAUGACGUCGUUUACAUAUUGUUAAAUUCUUUAUUUA